AUGGCCAAUGCUGCUUCUCAGGACGCCGACGAAGAACCUUCUCCUUUGACUGGGGACCCCGCUACCGCUCCUCAGGUCGCUCAAGCCUCUCAGACCACUCAAAGCGACAACCGCCCUGCAGACCUCACCAGCAACCCAGAACCUCUUCCUCCCGGCCACGGCCUUGACAACUACUCGGACAUGUACAAGACCAUUGACUUCAUUGCAAACGCUGACCGUAUCUGGGAACCCAUCUGCCAAGGCGGAAAAGACGAAUUCGUAGCAGGCGACCGUAAAGCUGACCGGGGUAUAGCUUUCGAAGUCCUUCUCCGGGACAACGUACCACACACAGUCCGCGCCCGGAUGCACAUUAUCAUAGCAUGCGCACCCGGUCAGAGACUCCAUCAUGCCCAACAAGCUGUUGAAGAAGCUCGACAGGGCAUCAGGUUUCAUAAUGCCGAGGUCGAGGUAGACAAGGCCUUAGAUGUACUUCGCAGAGCCGAGCAGACCCUCAAUAUCAUCUUGGACUGGGGCGUGCAUGACGAUACGCCAAGUGCCUAA